AUGACGACACGACACUUCACUGAUAAGGGGCGGUGGCGGAGUGGACCUCUGGUUGGGUCACUUUGUGACCCAAGACCCAAGGUCACAAGGACGUCAAGGUCCUCUGGUUGGGUCACUUUGUAUCCCUUCAACCCAUCCACCGUCAACCCAUCCACCGUCAACCCAUCCACCAUCAACCCAUCCACCGUCAACCCAUCCACCGUCAACCCAUCCACCGUCAACCCAUCCACCGUCAACCCAUCCACCGUCAACCCAUCCACCGUCAACCCAUCCACCAUCAACCCAUCCACCAUCAACCCAUCCACCGUCAACCCAUCCACCGUCAACCCAUCCACCAUCAACCCAUCCACCAUCAACCCAUCCACCGUCAACCCAUCCACCGUCAACCCAUCCACCGUCAACCCAUCCACCAUCAACCCAUCCACCGUCAACCCAUCCACCAUCAACCCAUCCACCGUCAACCCAUCCACCGUCAACCCAUCCACCAUCAACCCAUCCACCGUCAACCCAUCCACCGUCAACCCAUCCACCGUCAACCCAUCCACCAUCAACCCAUCCACCAUCAACCCAUCCACCGUCAACCCAUCCACCGUCAACCCAUCCACCAUCAACCCAUCCACCAUCAACCCAUCCACCAUCAACCCAGAAUUGGCCGCUAUAGUCACUGAACGCCCCGACCAAAUACCGUUCUUGACAAGAGCUACGACAGGCCUCCCGGGCACAUGA